GGGACUUCUUACACAAUCGCGUCUUUUCUUCAUUCUGCCUGUAUCUAAGCUUGUGUGCAGUUAUCCACGCGUUUCUCACUUUUUAAUUUAGUUUUUUUAGUAGUACAAGGCCUAGGAAAUGAGUGGGGACCACUCCCAUAACGAGGACCAGAUUGACUAUGCCUCUCGGGUCAAUGACUCCCAUAAGCAAAAAGACAAGUACAAAGAAUAUAAACAUAAGGAACACAAGAAGGACAAGGAACGGGAGAAGUCGAAGCAUGGCAACAGCGACCACAAGGACCUGGAGAAAAAAUACAAGGACAAGGAAAAAGAGAAAAUGAAGCACAAAGAUGGCAGCACAGACAAACACAAAGACAAGCACAAGGAAAAGAGGAAAGAGGAGAAGAUGAAGUCCCUUGAUGGUAAAAUCAAGAAAGAGAAAGAAAACGGCUUUGCCAGCCCACCACAUGUGAAGUCUGAGCCAGAGAAUGAUUACCACUCUCCCAAAUAUGAGAAAUCUUUAAAAAGAGAGCGAGAUGAUGAUUAUGAAGCUGAAUUCAAGCCCAAAAAGAUAAAGACUGAAAACGAUAAGAAGGCCAAGAAAAGGAAACAAGAGGAUGAGGACAUAAAGUCCAAAAAAACAAAAAGUAAAAAAGGAGAAGCGGCUGAUGGGAAGAAGAAAGCAAAGCAAGAACCAGAGCAGAAGUGGAAAUGGUGGGAGGAGGAGAGAUACACAGACGGAGUAAAAUGGAAGUUCCUCGAACACAAAGGGCCGGUGUUUGCUCCGCCCUAUGAACCCCUGCCUAGUAAUGUCAAAUUUUAUUAUGAUGGUAAACACAUGAAGCUGAGCCCAGAAGCAGAGGAAGUGGCUACAUUCUUCGCCAAAAUGUUGGACCACGAGUACACCACCAAGGACAUCUUCCGCAAAAAUUUCUUUAAGGAUUGGAGAAAGGAAAUGACCGCUGAAGAGAAAUCCAUCAUCACAGACCUGAAGAAGUGCAACUUCACAGAGAUGAGCGAGUACUUUAAGGCUCAGUCUGAGGCCAGGAAAGCCAUGACAAAAGAACAAAAACAGAAAAUAAAAGCAGAGAAUGAGCGGCUUCUGCAGGAGUACGGCUUCUGCAUAAUGGACAACCACAAAGAGCGCAUUGCAAACUUCCGCAUCGAGCCGCCCGGCCUGUUUCGUGGUCGGGGAGACCAUCCAAAAAUGGGAAUGCUUAAACGGCGCAUCAGGCCUCAGGAUAUCAUCAUCAACUGCAGCAAGGACUCCAAGUACCCCACGCCUCCUCCUGGCACCAAGUGGAAAGAAGUUCGCCACGACAACAAGGUGACGUGGCUGGUUUCGUGGACGGAGAACAUUCAAGGCUCCAUCAAGUACAUCAUGCUGAACCCCAGCUCCAGAAUCAAGGGAGAGAAAGAUUGGCAGAAGUAUGAAACGGCUCGUCGGCUGAAGAAGUGCGUGGACCGCCUGAGAGCGCAGUACCGCGAAGACUGGAAGUCCAAGGAGAUGAGGAUCAGACAAAGGGCCGUGGCGCUGUACUUCAUUGACAAGCUGGCUCUGAGAGCAGGCAACGAGAAGGAAGAAGGAGAGACGGCCGACACGGUGGGCUGCUGCUCGCUGAGAGUGGAACAUCUCAAACUGUACCCAGAAAACGAAGGUCAGGAGUUUGUGGUGGAGUUCGACUUCCUGGGUAAAGACUCCAUCCGCUACUACAACAGAGUCCCUGUGGAGAAAAGGGUGUUCAAGAACCUUCAGUUGUUCAUGGAAAACAAAGAACCCGAUGAUGACCUGUUUGAUCGUCUAAACACUUCAAUCCUGAACAAGCAUCUUCAGGAGCUGAUGGACGGUCUCACAGCGAAAGUUUUCCGUACAUACAACGCUUCCAUCACCCUGCAGCAACAGCUGAAGGAGCUCACUACUGCGGACGACAACAUCCCAGCGAAGAUCCUGUCCUACAACAGAGCCAACAGGGCUGUGGCCAUCCUGUGUAACCAUCAGAGAGCUCCCCCAAAGACGUUUGAGAAGUCUAUGCAGAACCUGCAGGCUAAGAUCGAUGCCAAGAAAGAUCAGCUUUCUGAUGCCAAGAGAGAACUGAAGAGCGCCAAGGCUGACGCCAAAGUACGAAGAGAUGAAAAAUCCAAAAAGGCUGUAGAAACCAAGAGAAAGGCUGUUCAGAGGAUAGAGGAGCAGCUGAUGAAGCUGGAGGUCCAGGCAACCGACCGAGAGGAGAACAAGCAGAUCGCCCUGGGCACGUCCAAACUCAACUAUUUGGACCCAAGAAUCUCUGUGGCUUGGUGUAAGAAAUGGGGCGUCCCCAUCGAGAAGAUCUACAAUAAAACCCAGCGUGAGAAGUUUGCCUGGGCUAUUGACAUGGCUGAUGAAGACUAUGAAUUUUAAAUCCGUUUAUUUAUCUACGAUGGACUUUUUUUAUUGACUUGUGGGUUUUUUUUUUUUUUUUUAGCCUUCAUAAUUUUUUUGCUCUAUGGCCAGAACCUACAAGGAGUUUUAAAGCUUAUGCAGGGAAAAAUGGAAGAAACGAGGCCAUUUGGACAGAUUUCUGUGGACAGUCUGAAGCACCCGAUCCGCCGUCAGGUAACAAGACUGAACUGUGUCCACGACGGAGAGUCCAGGCGUAGUCGCAGCCGUCUCCAGGCUCCGUGACUUUCCCUCUGUCCCUCCUCAGGGACGCCGCUUUGAAUCCUGUGGUCCUAUCGCUACCGUGUUACGCAAAAAACAACAAAAAAAAAAAACAACCCAAAUGCUUUGUACCAUUUUAUUUUUUUUUGUUCACUCACUCUGUAUUUUAGCCCUCCGAUGUAUUAUUGAAUUCUAUAUUUUGUUAGAGAAAGUAAAAUGAAAAGAAAUCCUUAACUGCACCCACACGCCUUCAGAAAAAAAAAAGAAAAAGAAACGUGAGCGUGUGCGCGCGCGUGUGCCUGUUUGUGUGUAUCUGAGGCCGGCUGGGUGAAUCUUUUAAACUGGACUGUGUUGAAAAUGCUGAGAGAAAGUGAGGUCGUCUGAGCAGGCAAAGGGGAAAUAUUGCAACCAUGUCAAUAUUUACUUAAGCGAGCAGAAUGUGAAUAUAUUAUUUUACAGUUUCUAUCAGGGACUUUUCUGUUACUUCACUGUAAAUGUGAACCCAUCGUUUUAUUUUAUUUCCCUCUGUGUUGCAAGCGUCCUCUCAAUCUCUACAUCAAAUCUGUUUUUUUUUUUUUUUAAAGGUAGUUUAGCAGUUCAAAGGAAACCUUCACAUCUCUUACUUGAACACCAUGGGUUAAAAAGCCCCCGUGGGGGCUCUAACGAUGUCAACUCUGCCAAAAUAAAAAUCAUAAAAACAAAUUGGGGGGGAAAAAGUCACCAAGCUGUUAGCGAGCAGGCAAGUUUUAAUUGUGUGAUUUUUAAGAAUGUUGUAACAUUUAAUGUGAAAUAUGAUUUUAUUCCACUGUCCCACUUAUGAUAGGAAAGUUGAUGGAAGCUGCUGUAAAGUCAACAUCCUAUUCCUGUUUUACCUUUUGUCAUAGCCUUUGAUUAUGUUUUUUGAAUUUUAAACUCAUUGUAGGUUGGAAAAAAAUAAAUAAAAUCCUACAAGUUAA